UGCCCGGGUGAGUUUUGCAUUUUAUAUUAUCGAUUCAGUAAUUUAAAGCUAUGAUUUAAUAGUUUUAAAAAUUUUAAGUCAUUUCUAUUUUUAAAAUUCAUUUUCAAAAACAUUAAUGAGGUCUUCCAAUAUUCGUUAAUGAGAUUGUAAUGAAGGAACUGUUUUUCGAUAACUAUUUACAAUUCAUUUUACAUGUUCAUUUUUUAGAAGGAAAAAGUCUAAUAAUAUUUAUAAAAUAUUAGGAUUGCUAAUAUGCUUUUGCGAAAAGUCUUCUCCCUCUUAAGUAAAUAGUAAAUCCCUUGCCUUCACAUAUAUGUGACAUUGAAUUUCAAAAAUUGUACCUUUAAUUAUCAUAUUGAUUCAUAAUGAUUUGAUCUCCCUGAUUCGUAAUUAUAUCCUUCAAGGAGGUUUCGAAAUUCUCAUUGUGCAAAUUUAUGUCCAAAUUUUUUGAUUAAACAACUCAAAUUUAUCAUCGUAUACUUGAUACGUGAAUCAAUGUUAGUUCAUUAUAUCUAAUGUUUAAAUUGUAUAGUGAAAUGUCUAUUUCUUAUGAAUACUAAAUUCAUGCCAGGAAUAAUCAUUCAUUAAUGAUGAGAUGAACCAAACAAACCGUUUGUUUUAAAAUAGCACAUUUGAAAAACAUUUGACAACUAUCAAUUUAAAAAAAAUUUAGGCAAAUUACAACUGUAUAGCCAUAACUUUCACACUUUUGACAAAUAUAUCCAUUUCUAUUCGAAAACCACAAAUAGCCAAAAAAAUGGAUGGUUGAAAUCUAGCCAUUUCAGUUAGAAACUUUAACGGUGUUAGAAACUCUGUCAGUUAGGUUAACGUUAGGCUGACUAGGAUGCCAAAUCAUCGCACACAUCAUCGACAACUCAACCACACUUGCCACGUAAGUGCCAUGUCAUAUUUUAAUUUAAAAAUAAAUUAUUUAAUAAAUUAAAUAACUAAUUUAAAAAUCAUUUUCUUCCCUUUUCCGAAAAACCAUUUUCUUCCCCAAAUGCAACCAAACCAUCCCCUGACUUCUUAGAUUUCCCAUUCGCAUCUUCCUUCCCAAAAUUUCAAAUCGCAACAAGACAUAGAGCAAAAUCAUACACUCGUCUUCUCCCCUGUUACAAAGUCAUUGAUCUCUUACAAAUUUCCAGAUCGCAAAUCCCACCGCUUCAAUAUCGUCACUUUCCUUUUCCAUCUCACGACUAGACGAGCCGGAGCCGGCAGAUCUGAAUCGACGUCGUUCUGUGUAGAUCCUCCGCCGCCAUCACCUCGACGACCGGCAACCCGUCGCCUUGCUGCUGCAUCGCGCCCAGUCAUCCACAGUCGUCGCGUCUACUCAACCCGCCUUCUGGUUUUGCAACGAACAGAGCCUUCCAACCGGCGGAUCUAAAAAAGCAUCGACGACAGCGACGAAAGGAUAGCCGCAACAAGCUCCUAUCGCUGCCUUGCUGCUUCAUUCCCCCCUAUCGAAAACCUGAAGACCCAAACAACUUCAUUUCCCCAUAUCGCGCACCGACAUCGUGAAGGGAAUGGAAGUAGGAGAGAUGGGAGGCGACCGGCAGCGGCUACCCCACCACCACCACCUCCGGCGGCGGCCAAAAUCUGCAAAUUUUUUUGCAGAUUUCUAGAUCUCUCCGAUUCAGGGUAGGGUUAGUGACAAAAUCUUGAAUAAAUGGGGGAAGGCUGAGCGAGAAAGGGAGAGAGGAGAGCAUUGAGAAGUUUGGGUGGAGUUUGAUUUUGGGAAGAGGUAUGAUAGGAGGAAGGUGGCGAUGGGUUGCGGCGGCGGCUUGAGGUGCUUCUCGGCCUCGAGGGAUCCAGCCAGCAGAGAGGGUGUCGAUUGAAGCGUUGAUUUAUAGGGAAAGAUUUUAGGGAAGCUUUGGAGAACAACAAUGGAGAAAAUAUAUUUUAGGGAUUUCAUGUGGCCAACUCAGCACAAGCCGUUAGUAGAGUCAUAAUGUCUACUAACACCGCUACCAAAAUGGACGGAAUUGGCUAUUUGUGGUUUUCGAAUAGAAAUGGCUAUAUUUGUCAAAAGUGUGAAAGUUAUAGCUAUACAGGUGUAUUUUGCCAAAAAUUUAAACAAAAGUUCAACCUCAACAGAAAUAAGAAUAAAAAGGAUAAUGGUAAAAAAUUUGGAUGUUCAAUUGUUCAUAAAAUAACGUGGACAACAUACUUUUUUUUAUGGGAUGUGAACAACUUAUUUACGGAGGAAGACGGGCAGUGUAGACAAAACAUAUUAAAAUACAUAAAUAAAUAAUCUCUAUUAAGCGAUUUUUGGGGAAGAUGGCCAGUGAGAGGUUAUUAUUAGUCUGCACCAAACGGGAAAUUAUAAAUUGACGGAAGGAGUCCUGAAUUCACUUAGUGGUGACGAUGACGUGGAUGAAUAGGCGUUAGGCUCAUGUGGAAGUUAUAAGAAUUUUUUUCAGUUGUGUGUGCCAUUAAAAAGAAUGGAGGGAAACAGGUGAUGACGUGGACGCGUGAGGAGGGGGAGAAUUUGAAUUGUUCAUAAAAUAACGUGGACAACAUACUUUUUUUUAUGGGAUGUGAACAACAUAUUUAUGGAGGAAGACGGGCAGUGUAGACAAAACAUAUUAAAAUACAUAAAUAAAUAAUCUCUAUUAAGCGAUUUUUGGGGAAGACGGCCAGUGAGAGGUUAUUAUUAGUCUGCACCAAACGGGAAAUUAUAAAUUGACGGAAGGAGUCCUGAAUUCACUUAGUGGUGACGAUGACGUGGAUGAAUAGGCGUUAGGCUCAUGUGGAAGUUAUAAGAAUUUUUUUUCAGUUGUGUGUGCCAUUAAAAAGAAUGGAGGGAAACAGGUGAUGACGUGGACGCGUGAGGAGGGGGAGAAUUUGAAUCUCUGAAGCGUUUUGUAGGAAAUUCUAUAAUAUAUUCUUUAGAUUUAGAUUAAUAUAUAUAGUGGCGUUUUCGGUGCACUCAUAUUUUUUGGUGCAUUCAGUGCACUCGCUUUAUAACCGUCAUUUUAAACAUGCGAUUUAUAUCAAAAUGAUGUCAAUAAUCACUUAUGAUGUGAUGAACAAUAAUGCACAUGAAUUUGCACAAAAACCAUUAGGGUUAGGGUUAGGAUUUACAAUUUGGGGUUUAGGGAUAGAACUCAAAAUUGGAGGUCUAGGGCUUAGGGUAAUCCGCUAAUUAGUUUUUAUCAUAUGUUAUAUCAUCAUAUUACACUAAUUCUACAAAUUAGAAUUCAAAAUCCGACACCUUAAGACUAGUUUUAGUUGGGUGCAUUGAACACACUCAUGUUUUGUGAGUGCACUGAAUAGUCACCAUAUAUAUAUAUAUAUAUAUAUAUAUAUAUAUAUAUAUAUAUAUAUAUUCUCAUCAGUUCGCUUUCGUCCUGACCAAAAAUGGAAGGGAGAUUUCAUCCAAAGAAGUUUAGAAGAUGGAACUAGGCGGUUCAGAGAGUGGCAAGGUCGGUGGGACGGGCCAUAAAGCCACCCCUGUUGCGUGUGCUGAACAACAGAUGGUGCCAAGCAAUUUGGAGCUAUGACAGUUGAGGGGCAGGAUGUGAAGAAGGAAAAGUUCAUGUUCACAAGGGUGUGGACAAGAAGUAGAAGAGUUAGAUGAAUAAAUUUUCAUCUCGAGGGGAACUGGAAAUGCAGAUGUGAUGAUGAUGAUGAUGAAAUGAAGGACCCGAAAAGAUCGGUUGAGAUGGUGGCAUUUGUCGAUGAGAAUCCGACUUUGAAGAAAAAGAGAUGCACAUAAGCUGCUGAUGAGAGUAAAAGUGAUACGACGAACGAAGCCAAUUGAGAAAGGGUCAUCCCUUACAUUCCAAUCGUUGUUAGGUGUCGUUCAUUCUAAUAAUCCUGAAGUUGUUUUUCUUUCUAAAGUGUCAUAGGAAAGAGGUUUCCCGACAUAUACGAGGUUUAGAUUUUCUAAUUUUUAUUUAGUUGAUGUUGUUGAAUCUGCAGGAGCUUUAACGGUAUGUUGGUCCCACAUAAUUUAUAUUUUAGCGCUUUGUAGCACGUUUUUUUUUGUUGCUAUUCAAAAUAAUGGAAUACUGUAUAUGAUGGUAUUUGUUUACUUUAGUUGUGUAGUGGUGAUUCGCCAAGCUCAAUUAGAGAUCCUUUGCAUUUAUCGAUUAGGGAUCUAUUGUCCGUACAUUGUUACGGGGCAUUUCAACGCUAACUUAGCUUCUGAUGAGAAAUUGGGUGGAAAUCCUUGGUCUCCUUGAAAUUCGCAGGAUUUUCAUGACUUUUAUAGAGCUUUGCGGAUCCAAAAUUUGGCCUAUAGGGGUUGUCCUUUCACCUGUUCGAAUAGGAGAAUGGGAGAUGAUUGUGUAUAGGAAAGACUAGAUCGUACUUUUGCACCGAUGAAAUGGAUGGUGUGUUUUUCAAGAAUGCUCGUUCAUCAUUGCGUUGAUCUUGUAUCCGACCUCUGAUCGAGGCGCCGUUGGCGCUGCUGGACUCAUCUCGGCGAGGCACAUCGGCCGCCACCCUCUGCUCCACCGUGGGCCACCAUUCUUCCUCAUUGUAAAUCGCUUCCGGCGGCGGUUGACGGGUCCCCUUUUCUGUCGCUCUCCUCUCGCCUUCUCCCUUACUCUAUUCUCUUCCUUGUGUCUCCAGGUUGGUUUUUUCCCCAGAUUUUGUGUUUGUGUAGAAUCAGAUUGUAGAGUGUAGGGAGAAUUGAACCGCUUCUGCUUGAUUAGAUGUUUUAGUCAGGAUAAUGUGUUUGCCUGAGAAUGUCUGGUCUGCAUGCUUUUGUGCAUUGUUAGAUACUGGUUUAGUGUCCCGUUUCUGCAGAUUUUUGUUCUGCAGUCUAGUGGAUUGAGCUUAAUUAUGGAGGAAUGUUGGCUUUGCUGACUAUUUUUCCCCACUAAUGUUGGUACUAAUAGGUUUCGAGCUCUGUGCUUUUUGUUUUGCAUGGAAAUGGUCAACCUGGGCCACCGCUUCCUGCACGGCCACCACUACAUCGAGGCAUAUGAUGCGCAUUUUGCCCGGAUGCUCGAGGCACAUUUUGGGAUUCACUAGUGCCUCAAUCUGGCAUACUUCGAGCUAUUCCUCUGCCGUGACGCCAUUGAGGCGACAAUUCCCCACCCGCAAUGGCGCCGCCUCCUGGAGCUCCAACAGGACAUCUUCGAGGAGCCCAUGCUGGAGUUCUACAACACUUUCUGCCACUCCAAGAAGUGGCAUGCCUAUGAGGCUGGUGUAGUCACCUUCCGGCUCAGGGGUCAGCACCACAGUCUGUCCUACAAUGAGUUCACCGCCACCCUUUGCCUGGACCCCGAUGACCAGUUACAGGUGGAGCCCACCAUUCUGCAGGUGGAUUGUAGCCUUUUACGAGUGGAUCUGCCUGCAGCAGCACGUCGGGGUUACCUAUCCACACAGCCGGACCAGGGCUAGCUUGCUCAUUCUACCAUCCCCGGUGGGGAGGCCUCCGGUCAGGUGACGAAGAGGCACAUGUACGCACAACACACCAUGUUUGAAGGUCAUCACACUGUACGUUGGGCCCUACAUCACUCAGCUUGCCUGAUACUUCGGCAUGCCCCCUCGAUGGGUGUACUUGGGUCGAGCACACCAGAGACUUCCCCGAUGUGACCUGUACUCCUGGGGGAUGAUUUGGGUCGCGAGGAGGGAUCCGCUGGCUUAAGGGCUUGCGCCCUGCCGAGUUUACCGAGGCUCCUACCAUAUGUGGAGUUCCACCAUUUCAGUGGGAUGCAGAUCUGCUGCAGUUCUUCCACGGUCUCUCUAGUGCCGGUUCUUCCUCAGCCGCGCCGUCUAACGACUGUGGGCGGCCAUGGUUGCUUGCUUUGAUCGGAUUGACUCGCGCAUGGAUCAUGAGCGUGAUGCCCGCCGUUACUCACAUUUGAUGUUGGAGCGCCUAUGCUCGCCAGUCAACGUUGACACCACCCAGACUUUCUGGCAUCCAUACGCUGCUCUGGAUGAGGACGAGGAUGAUUGUGCCUACCCUUAGAUCACGGGCUCCUUGUGUUAUGUUUCUUAUUUUUGUGUGUCAAACUGGAUAAUUUGUGUGUUUGGUUUUUCUUUUCUUCUUUUUAAAGCCAUGGGACUGACAAAUGUUCUCCUAACUCUUGCCCAGUGUGAGUGGUUGUGUUUUGUCUUGCCUUUAUUCUCGGAAACUGGUCCUUCUUCCAAUCCUCUCAUGAUGACCGGUCCCCUUUCCAGUCCCACUGCAGUCCAUUCUUACUGCUAACAUCGGUCCCCUUAUCCUUCCCUCUUCUCCAUUGAGGGCAAUGUCUAUCUUAAGUGUGUGUGUAGGGUGGUGGUUUCUCUUUGACUAUUUCUAUGUGUUUGUGUGCUUGGAGCAUAGUCCACUUUCCAAAUUAAAAUUUUGAGGGCUCCAAGCAGGUUUUCUCCAUUUGCAUCUAGUUCAGGAAAUCAGAAUGAGAGAUAGAGCAUAUAGGUAACCAUGUGAGAUUUGAGCAUGCUCGUUUUCUUCUUUUGAUAAAUCCCUCUUCCAUGAUGUGUAGCAUUCACGUUGCCACUAAAUAGGAUGAUAGAGG